UCGGAGCGCGAGAGCGGAGAGUAAAAGGCUUCCUGUCAGAGAUGCAUGCAUGUUUAUCUGUGACCGCUGUAUUAAUGUUGACGGGCAACAUUUAUAGGGAUGCAUGGAAGUAUAUUUGUAGGCAUUACUGAAUUUAUUUUGUCAUUCCACAAAAUCUCUCAGCCAGGGCUCGGGUUUUACUCAGAUUGCUGUUUAACAUUUUAACUGGUUGUAUCACCUUGGGGCUUUGCUCUCACAGAUUAUUUAUUUAAUGAUCCGACAUCUGAACCAUAACUCUGCGUUAUAGCAGCGUCUGGGACAAAACGAUCUCUCUCUCUCUCUCUCACACACACACACACACACACACCGGUUAGACUGGACGCGAAAUGAGGCGCACACACCGCUUCUGCACGGCGUGACACCUCGUAUCAGCCGUUAUCCCACUGAUCACGGCCAUCUGCGGCUGUGUUUUUGGAGCUAAAGGCACACGGACGACAGCCACCAUGUCGGACCUGGAGCGGAGUUGCUCCAUAUCCAAAAAGACUAUGAUCACCGAGCAUUUUCGAGUGCGCAAGCGGAGGGAGAUGCUCCUGGCGCAAGUGUGUGUGGUGUGCGGAGUGCUGCUGGCGGCCUGGUGCAUGUCAGCGCUCCUCACCAAAACAGGUCAUGGAAUCAUGUUGCAGGAGCACUAUGCUGGACCGACAGACCAUCUGGGCCGUAGACUAAUGGCCACUGAGGAAAACAACGAGACUCUGGAAAAGAACUGCUCUGCCCCAGCCAUCCAUGAGUUCCCUGAGGAUGUGUUCACAAACCGAGAGCGAACACGAGGCGCUGUACUGCUGCACAUAUUUGCUGCUGUGUACAUGUUCCUGGCUCUGGCCAUCGUGUGUGAUGACUACUUUGUUACAUCGCUGGAAAAGAUCUGUGAAAAACUGCAUAUGAGUGAGGAUGUAGCUGGUGCAACAUUUAUGGCUGCUGGAAGCUCAGCUCCUGAGCUUUUUGCCUCCAUCAUUGGUGUGUUCAUCACACAUGGAGAUGUGGGUGUGGGCACGAUUGUGGGCUCAGCUGUCUUCAACAUUCUCUGCAUCAUUGGUGUGUGUGGAAUUUUCGCUGGACAGGUUGUCUAUCUCACCAAGUUUGCUGUGUUUCGGGACUCCAUUUACUACACACUGUCUGUUGUAGCACUUAUAGUAUUCAUCUAUGAUGGGCAGAUUAUGUGGUGGGAGAGUCUGGUGCUCAUGGUCAUGUACAUUGGCUACAUAGUCAUUAUGAAGUUUAACACCAGCAUGCAGAACUACUUUUCUGGGAAAGAAGAUUUGAGUGUUGCUAAUGGUAAUGCAGUAACCAGCGAGCUGGAGGAUGGUAAUGCAUAUUAUGAGCAGUAUUGGGAUGAUCCUUCAUGGCCAUUACUCAGCUCAGUAAAACCCAAUAAGAUGUACACACGUGGCUCAGUCGUGAUGGUUGAUGAGAUGAUGAACUCCAGUCCUCCAAACUACCGCUUCCCAGAGGCUGGCCUCAGAGUCAUGAUCACCAACCGCUUUGGGCCUAAAACUCGCCUGCGCAUGGCAAGCCGACUCAUCAUUAACGAGCAACAGCGGCUAAUGCAGGCAACCAAUGGAGUGGACGGCACGGUAGUGGCUGAUGGGAAAGCAGACACCAUGGAGAACGGCAACGUACCUGAGGACAAACUAACAGAAGAGGAUGAUAACGAGCUGUCCUCACCCUUCACUAUGCCUGGAGGCACUAUGAACAGAGUGAAGUUGAUCAUUUCGUGGCCUAUCCUGGUGCUGCUGUACUUCACUGUGCCAAACUGUGGAAAGCCACGCUGGGAGAAUUUCUUCAUGCUUUCCUUUUUUCUCUCCACUCUGUGGAUAGCUGUCUUCUCAUACUUCAUGGUGUGGAUGGUGACGAUUAUCGGAUACACACUGGGAAUACCUGAUGUUAUAAUGGGCAUUACUUUUCUUGCAGCCGGCACCAGUGUUCCUGACUGUAUAGCUAGCCUUAUAGUCGCUCGACAAGGCCUGGGAGAUAUGGCUGUCUCCAAUACAAUCGGCAGUAAUGUUUUUGAUAUCCUGGUUGGGCUCGGUGUUCCCUGGGGCCUCCAGACGAUGGCUGUCAACUACGGAUCAGUGGUGAAAAUCAACAGUAGAGGAUUGGUGUAUUCUGUGGUGCUGCUCCUGGGAUCAGUGGCUUUGACUGUUCUGGGGAUCCAUGUGAACAGGUGGAAGCUGGACUUAAAGCUGGGUGUGUACGUGCUCCUGCUGUAUGCCGUCUUCCUGUGCUUCUCCAUUUUGAUCGAGUACAACAUUUUUACCUUUGUCAAUCUGCCCAUGUGUCAGGAAGUCUGAAACCUUUGGUUUCUGAAUCACUUCCAGACUGGACCUACCACCAUAAUCUAUUUUUUUUUUUGGUCCUGAAAUCCACCAUGUCCGACAUCAUGCAUUCACUGCAGUCAGAGACAUUACAUUAUGCUGUAUCUGCCCAUGGAGAUCCAGAGGUCCAGUUCUCAAUUCAACUUCUGUCUAUGGCAGGACUCGCUCUGACUGGACCUUCUCACCUUAGCAGCAUAGCAUGUCUAUUUGAAUUGGAUCUACAUGGGCCUGAAUAUCUACUCUAUAUACACAGGAAAAAGAAGAAUGCUGCUCAGUGGAAACAUCCGAAUGCAUCCCAUUUACAUCUGGUCUUCCCAGGAGAAAAUCAAAUCAAAACAAAAAUGAACAAUGCACUUUAGACAUAUAGGCCACACUAUGAUCGCAGUAAGGAAAGACCUCAGCUCUUUUCUGCUGUAAUGCAAUAAGGAGCAAUAAAGACAGAAGCAGUGUUUCAUGACAAUAAAGUCAUGAAAUAGAGGGUUUUUUUUUUUUUAACUGUGAAGGAUGAUGAGAUUUUAGUGAAGUCAGCAGUUUGGUACAGUAGGACUGUGUGAGAAGUGAUAUCAUCAGUGAGUCCUGCUGUGGAAGAUCCAUCCUGUAAUGAGUAAGAUUUGCCGCCUGCUCCUGGCCUCUGCACAACGAUAUAGACAGACAAGGACCAAUCAAAAACUUAAAACUGGGUUCGAGCUCCUUGAUGGUAUUAAAGACAAAUUUCAGAGUUGUAUUCACUGACGAGACAAGACCAGAACCACAGAUCUUGAUGUUGUACUUGUUGUUUAUAUGUAAAUAUGACAUUAAAAGUCCUCUUGUUUGAACCAGUGCUUCCUUCCAGGUGUGGGGAGGAGGAGUGGACGCACAUCCAUGACUGGAACGGUCAAAUUUUCUUUCUUUUUGCGCCGUUCACUUCAUCUCCCCUUUCUGGAUCUCUGUACUUUUUGUCUGUGCUGCAUAAUUUGAUGCAGCAAAUCAUGUCAAACUCCCUAUAUGGCAGCUACCACUCCAUCCUGCACCAAACCCAACAGGCUCAGGAGAUUAUAACCCCGAGUACAGGGCAGAUGUUUUUGUGUCUGUGAGUGUCAGUGGUGGAAAUGUCAGGUGUCGUCGUACAGUGCUAAAAAAAAAAGAGAUGCCGUCACUGCAAUCCAUGUGGAAAGGCAGGUGUCUGUGUGUGCAGUGUUUCAGUGUGUGCAGUAUAUAAGGAUAUAUGCAAGUGAAAAUUGUAACCAGUAGGCUGUAACCAGAAGGGCUGGUUAUAUUUAAAUACCCUCGUUGCUCAAGCAUGCAAAUAUUCAUACUACCCUACAUUAUUAGUGCUAUGAAGAAUGGCACAUUCUUUGUACAUGGCUGUGUGCUGUGCAGUAUGGUGGUGUGAGGUAAAAUUUUAUUUCGUUUUAUUUUAUUUCUAUUUUUUUAAGGUAGUUCAGACAGGAUAUGACCUAUAAAUGGUUUAGGUUGUUUCACAAUAAGUUAAUGAAUGUCGCUGGAGGUUAGGAUCCGUCAGUUCACGUGCUUUUAACACAUUGUGUGUUUCAGGAAAGAGAAGGAAUUACACAAUUUACUUCCUUAUUUGUAUGGUUUAAAAUUUCUAUAACGGUUCACAUAUAUGCAACUAUUUUCCUAUUUGGUUACUGAGCCAAGAUUUUGUUCUUGUUAUCGUAACAGCAAGUAGUCUACUAUAGUACAUAUAAAUAAAUAAAUAAUUAAUAGCAAAAAUCAUACCAAAUCACUGUAGAUAAGCCAUUUCUAUGAUCUACUUUGAAGUCAGUUGUUCUGUGGCAUGUCUGUUAUUAUAAUGGUUAUUAUUCCUACAUUUGAACAGAAAGAUCAGUAUUUUUGACUCUAGCUGUAUUUUAUAAACUGCACUUCCACACAACUGAGUGACCAGAUUAUUGUUUUCUUCCUUUCGGGGAUAAGGAUCACUCAGGAGGUGGUAUCUUUGUUACCAGGGCUGGCAUUCUGACAUGAAGCAAAGUCUUUGUAUGCACAGAUAAACCCAACAGAUACCUCUUCAGGAGAAACCUUUUAAGUUGAUUGAAGAUGUUUUAAAACCUACAGUACAUUUAUGUUCAUGCAUGAAAGUGCACACCUACAGGACACACGCACUCACUUUUGUUCACACAUACACGUGCAGUCUUAUUUCAGACUAGACUGUGACCUGCUGCACUGUGGGCUGGGGGUUAUAGGUGAGCUUGAGCUGGAUGGGUUUCCAAGCCACUGAUUGACAAAGAUAGAAAUUUAAUAGGUACUGUAUGACAAGAGUGUUUAACUUGAAUGUAUUGUCUUGCUAUAAAUGGAUGUAUCCAACCAAUGCAUUUUAUUGUGAAGCAAUAAACUAUUCAAAAUAUUAUCAUUCAUAUUUGAAUCAUAAGAAAAUUGUAUGAACACAAAUUAAACUUCUACACUUUAUAAAGA